UAAACGACAACAUGAAGUUAAUCAAAGUCUUUCUCAUCAUUGGAAGUAUUUCUUUAGCUCAAUCAGCUCCCAGUAUUUGGUCACACUUAAGUCACAAUAGAGGAAUGCGAGGAGCUCAUCAUUUAUCGGAAUUAAGAAAAUUUGAAAACAUCGUGAGUUCUAAAAUGAAUGACGAGGAUAAGUGCCAACAAUGUAUGGAAGAAAAGUACGAAUCAUUACAAAAUAAUGAUUUAAAUGAAAUUGAGAAUUUCUUCGUCUUCAUGUACUUCUUGAAUACUUGCAAUGACUGCACUGCAGAGAACUUCUAUGAAGAUGUAUUAAGGAACUUAAUUUUUGAAAUGAAACAAGAAAUUGAAUAUGAAGAAAAGAUGAUUGGUGGAUAUGAAAAGUUUUCCUGUGGAGUUAUUAAUCGUACAAAUCUUAAGGCUUUUGUGUUGGACAUGAUAAAUCUAGUUUUUGAAGAAGAUGACGACGAAAAAAAUGCUGGAAUUGAAAAAAUUGCUGGAGAAACUGAAUCAGCAAUUGAUAAUAUUGGUAAAUGCGUUUAUGAUCGAAAAUCAGCUUUCUAA